UCGGAGAGGUAGUUCAAUAACACAUAGCGAGGAAAGAGAUAGCCGUGUUAUCUUUUUCCUACAUCGUUGUGAACGAUGAAGAGUGCGUAAAGUACGGUCCUCCUCAGUUUCUCCUCAAGUUGGAUUUGGUUCGUUCAUCCUCCUCAACCAUAAACUUAUUGCAGGAUUAUUUUCUAGUUGGCUGCCAUAUGUUGAAAAUGACAGAGGAACGCGACAAGACACACAUGGAGCCCCCGUGCAGUCCGGCGGGCACCAACAGCUCCAUGUCUCAGGAUGACUCCGACUCUGAUGCUCCGUCCUCCCCGACUGGCUCCGACGGACACGGCUCCCUGCUGUCGAGCUUGGGCAAGAAAGUGGACGGCGAAGACGACGACAGGUUCCCUGCCUGCAUCAGAGAUGCGGUUUCCCAGGUUCUUAAGGGAUAUGACUGGUCGCUGGUUCCUAUGCCCGCUCGGGGAAACGGCUCGCUAAAAAACAAACCUCACGUGAAGAGACCGAUGAAUGCCUUCAUGGUGUGGGCGCAGGCGGCGCGCAGAAAGCUCGCGGAUCAGUACCCUCAUUUGCACAACGCCGAACUUAGCAAGACACUUGGCAAACUAUGGCGUUUGUUAUCAGAGAGCGAGAAAAGGCCUUUUGUUGAAGAAGCUGAACGGCUGCGGGUCCAGCACAAGAAAGACCACCCCGACUACAAGUACCAGCCACGCCGGCGGAAAAGCGUCAAGCCGGGCCAGAACGACUCGGAUUCGGGAGCCGAGCUGGGUCACCAAAUGUACAAGACGGAACCCGGAAUGGGUGGUUUGGCAGGGUUAACGGAUGGACACCAUCACCCAGACCACACAGGUCAACCACACGGUCCCCCCACACCCCCCACCACCCCCAAGACCGACCUGCACCACGGGGGCAAGGGCGACCUGAAGCACGAGGGCCGGCGUCUGCUGGACGGCAGCGGCGGGCGUCAGAACAUCGACUUCAGCAACGUGGACAUCUCCGAGCUGAGCACCGACGUCAUCUCCAACCUGGAGGCGUUCGACGUGCACGAGUUCGACCAGUACCUGCCCCUCAACGGUCACCUGGCCCCCGGCACCACCGCCGCCGCCGCGGCGGGCCCCGGCAUGCCCGGCCCUGACCACGGGCACGGGCCCAACGGCGCCGGCGCAGUAGGGGGUCCCUUCGGCUCGCCGUACGGCCACCCCGGCGCCGCCUCGGCCGGCUGGACCCGCAAGAGCGCCCUGGGCGGCCCGCCACCGUCCUCCUCCUCGAGCGCCCCCCCCUCGGCCGACGGCGCCGGACAUCGCGCCCCCCACAUCAAGACGGAGCAGCUGAGCCCCAGCCACUACAGCGAGCCCCCGCACGCCUCGCCCUCCCACCCUGACUACCCCCCCUACCCCCCUCAGCCCUGCGUCUCCUCCUCAGGCUCCUCCGCCGCCGCCGCCUCCUCCUCCUCCUCCUCCUUCAGCUCCCAGUGUGACUAUACAGACCUGCAGAGCUCCGGCUACUACAGCCCGUACGCGGGGUACCCCUCCAGCCUGUACCAGUACCCCUACUUCCACUCGUCACGCAGGGCCUACGGCAGCCCCAUCCUCAACAGCCUCUCGCUGCAGUCCUCCCACAGCCCCUCGGCCAACUGGGAGCAGCCCAUCUACACCACCCUGUCCAGGCCCUGAGAGGAGGGGUGCUGCUGGGGUCUCCUGAACUCUCUCACACGCCGCUGCCCCUACCACCACCACCACCACCACCACCACCACCCGCCGGCCCUCCCCCCAGCCAGGGGGGCCUGAAGCAGGGGCCGAGAAGUUGCCUGUACAUCCGUUUAUUGCACUAAGACAGAGCCCUGUGCCCGGGGGGAGAGGACAAGAGGAGGGAAGAUGUGUCAUCUCACGUUCGUGUACGAGAAAAAUGAGAGGGAGAGAGAGAGAGAGAGAGAGAGAGAGAGAGAGAGAGAGAGAGAGAGAGAGAGAGAGGGAGAGAGAGAGAGAGAGAGAGAGAGAGGGAGAGAGAGAGAGGAGUGGUGCGAGAGGGAGACUGAAGUGCCUGCUGAUUUUUAAAAGAAAAAAAAACACAAACUUUUAUGCAACUUUUUCAUUCUUUCCUGUAUUGUAUGGCCAUUUUGAAGGCAGAACUUGAUAUAUUGCUGCCUGAACAGCAAACGGAAAUCCUCCAUGAGGACCACCUGUCACCAACAACCCCCCCUUCCCCCGCGCUAUCAUUCCCCUACCACCAGCUCCCUCCCCCACAUACACACACACACACACACACACACACACAGAGAGACUCUGCUCUAACUCCCGUCUGUCUGCGGCUGUUGGUGAGCUUUUUUUUCAUGGCGGUGGUGUGUACUGACUUGUGUAGGAGAUAAUUGCAAAAACAGGCCAACUGAUUUGAUGAGACAGAUGGAGGAACUUAAUGCAGAAAUAUGUGCACUGGGACCAAUUAUAAAAUAUUCUUAAAAUACGAGGCAGCAAGGGCUCCAUUCUACAACGUGAAUUCGCAAAUAACCCUGACUUCAGUCAGAGGGACCAUGAACUUAACUUGUGUUUUUUAAAGUGAAGUUUUUUUUUAACUAUUCCAUAUGUAUUUAUGUUAAACGUGUUUCUGAUGCCGCUGUAUAGUUGUACAGAUGUUUUUGGAGCGAUUUGGUGGAUGUUUCAAAAUGCAAAAGGCUUUUUUUCUGUCUGAUAAAGGAUUGGUGUCCACAUCUUCAUUCCAGGUUAUUGAAAGCAAGCUAAUAUACUGGGACCAAUGGCAUACCAUGCGAUGAAACAGGUGUCUAAAUGCUAUGCCUACCGAAUCGCGAUUAGUCAUGAUGUGGGGUGAACGGAAACGCGGUAAGAUAACACACAGCUCCGUCUUGAGCGAGGCGUCAGCUGUUUUUCGCACAGCAGGAAGCGCAGGACUUUCUCGAGACAGACGUGGAAACCCCUCUUGACAUCGCCAGCUUGGCUAUAGAUUACCCCCGCGUCUAAUGUCGCCUCACUCGUUGCAUAUGAUAUGUUGGAUUGUUGAGUUUCAGAUCAACCUCAAACAAUUUCGGAAGGGACUUUCAUUUAAUUAAAACAUCACGUUUGGGAUAUCGGAAUAGAAGCACUGGGCGUAUAUAUUUUUUUCUUGAUGUGUCAUUUAUUGCCCAGGUUCAGAACCUCAUGGCACAUGACGGUGACCAGGGAGCCAAUUCUUUAUUUAAUUAUUAACAGCUUCUUGUAAAAUGCAUUAUGUCGAUAAACCUAAUAAUGCGACUUUAGGGAGACUCGCCACCGUAAUGCAUAAUUUGGUGCUAUCUGAAUCUCAUAGAAUGGAUUUUUUAAUUAUUAUUUUAAGGUGUUGUAAUUAUUUCCAGCUUUAUACUGCAUUUCACUCACCUUUAAACAGUGUUCAUAGCCAACUUUAUUUUUUCCCAAUGUACGUUGAAAGGACAGACCAUGUUUGUAUGGCUUUCCUUUUUCUUUUUCCCUGUUUACUAGAAUUUCCUCACAAGCACAGCUAACCUUACUUAUUGGUAAUUUCUGUGAAAAAAAUAAACGUAUCUUUUCUCUGAACAAUGAAUGUUUGUGUGUUGGAAAACUACAGUGUAAAAAUAAAUAUUUUUAUCAUC